AUGGCAGAAACAGCAACUAAAAACAGCCGUACGAACGCUUUUGAAUUCAUGCAUAAUUCCAUUUUGAGACAGUUGGCGUUGGACGAAGCAAGUUCAAGGACACUCAAGCAGUCAACAUUGUUUUCGUUUCUUGCCCUUUUGGUCGUAUCUAUCCAGUCAGCCUCUUUGAUAUCAGAGAAGAAGAGCUUUGUCAGUAAAUAUUCAUUGGAGUUGGCGGAAGGCGGAAAAACAUUUAAAGAAGAGAUUUUAAUCGACAUUACAAAGGGAACAGAGACUUUCCACGUAUCAACGACAUCACCUAAUGAAUCAGCAGGAGAUAUACUCUACGAUUUCAAAAGGCAAGUGACGUUGAUUCACCUAUCAGCAGAAAAGACUUGUUAUAUGGCGAGUUCCGUCGAUAAAACUCCCACACCCGCUGUUUUAAAGGAAGCUUUAGAGACGCAAACUUCCGGAACAGGUGAAGGCUUACCAACCACUUCAACUGAAAUACAAAUGAAGGUCGUGGGACUGCUUGACGAUCGUUCAGUGCUGAGUAAUGAAAUGGAGGAUAUGUGUGCAAAUCUGCCAAUUUAUGUGGUCGUAAGGGGAGCUAUGAACCCAAAUGACAAGGAAGCUGACGUGGAGUCUGAUGAGGAUGUUGAUGAAGUCGUUGACGAGGAGGCAAGGGAUUUCCCUGAAAUACCUAAUUUAUACCACACUCCUGACGCACGUGAGAAACGCCGAAUCAGGCGAGGACUCGGAAAAUGGCUUUGUGGACGGGUGUGUAAAUGGGUAACCCGACAGAUUUGCACACUUGUGUUUGAGAACGGGUCUUGGAAAAAGGUAUGCCAUUAUAUCGGAGAAAACAUCUGUGACUGGGUUUGUUAA